AAAUAUUUUACUUUAGUAGCCGCUAAGCAUUGGUCGAGAUCUGUACCCAAGUGAUAUCAAAUUCGAAAUUAGAAUAAAUAUUUAUCAUAAUGAAACUCCUAUUUACUGUAUUAGCGAUUUGUUCUAUACAAACUGUGAGCUCCACGUUUUGUUUUUGGAACACUGGCUGUCCAUACAAAUAUUUUUCGAACAAGACUCCUUAUAACUCAGUGAGGGGUGAUAUAAGGGAUUCUGUGGUCAAACUUACUGGUUGUGAGCCCGUAAGCAUUUGGGGCUUAAUUAGACAUGGCCAAAGAAACCCGGGUACAGAAUUCGGAAAGCAUAUGAAGGAAGCUCUAGUCAUUAAAGAACACGUGGAAGCUAGCUACAAUAAAGGGAACUGCUCGCUCUGUGCUCAAGAUGUUGAAAAUUUACUUAAUUGGCAAGUUAAUAUGGAAAUGUUUGAUAAGCCUUUCCAACUUACCAAAGAGGGUUAUCAGGAAUCGGAAGGUAUCGGGCGAAGAUUUAAACAAGCUUUCCCAAAAUUGCUGGAGAAACUUGACCAACAUGAUUAUCUUUUCCGCCCUGCACAAGGAGCUUGGAUGGCAGACAGUGCUAAAGGUUUUGUUAAAGGCUUAGGCAAUAAGGAUUUAACUAUACAACCACCCAAGACUAACUUCGAUAUUUUGUCUCCUUAUGAUACGUGCAAAAAAUAUAUUACUGAUGUAAAAGGCAAUCCAGAAACGUACGCGCCAUCGGUUAGGUAUCUGAGCUCUUCGGAAUAUUUGGCUUCAAAAGACAGGAUCCAGAGACGUCUGGGUAUUAAUUACAUUUUGACUGACACGAAUAUAACAGCGUUGUACGAUUUGUGCCGGUACACGACUUCAGGACUUGAAAACAAAUUAAGUCCUUGGUGUGCGCUGUUUACGACCCAAGAUUUGAAAGUUCUGGAGUACAUAGCUGACUUGAGGCAUUACUACAAAAGUGGUUAUGGAACGCCCAUCAACGAGCUACUUGGUCAGAUUACUUUGACCGACUUGCUCAAAAGUUUUAAGGACGCGAAAAGCGGGAAAGGAAAGAAGAUUACAAGCUAUGUGACGCAUGCUACUAUGAUGGAUAUGGUGUACACAGCCCUUCAAUUGUUCAAAGACGAUGAGCCUCUAUCCACCUCCCAGCGCAAAGCCGAUCGAAAGUGGAGGAGUAGCAAACUAGCAGUAUUUUCCUCCAACCUAAUGGCCGUUCUGAACAAAUGUGACAAAGCAGUAGAUGACUACAACGUUGUAUUCUACUUCAACGAAGAACCUUUGCAAUCAAUCUGCAGAGAAGGCGUUUGUACUUGGCAAGAGUUUGAAGAUAAACUAUCUCCAUUCACAGAAACAAACACAGAAUUUUGUCAUAAUGAGUAGUUUUUAGAUGUUUAAUUAUUAUACUUAAAUAUAUUAU